UGGAGGGCAAGGGGCGGGACUCCCUCCUGCCUCUCGCUGGCUGGGUUCAGAGUCUCCGCGAAGAGACUGCGUUGGGCCCAGAGUGGGCGUGGCUUACGUGUCCGCCGGCUUUCCUAGCAGGCCUGGCAGGGGGGCCAGGUUGCCAUGACGACCGCGGCUAGGUCGCUGCAGACUCGGUUGGUGACUCCGGGCGCAUCGAAGAUCGUGUACCUGUCGUUCGCAGUGGCUCAGUUUCCCAGUAAUCCAUAAGAACAGCAGGGAUGACAGGGUCCCAUGUCGUUUUUUGGUCCGAAUUCCUCGACCGGCGACCCUGUGCCCGGCAGGCUGCACCGCGCCCCGCGCACUGACUCCGGCCUCUGCGGGAGCCCCCUGGCCGGCUCCGGGGUGGGGAGGGGGCUUUGCAGAUCCCCAGAAAACCGCCCGGCGAGCCACGAGCCCGCGGACUGCAGGCUCCGCUUCCUCGUGGGGUAUUCACUUUGUGUCAGUGUGUUGAUUUGCCGCCAGUUAGAAGCGUCUUAAAAAGGGGCCGGGGGCCAUAGGAGGGGGGCUUAUCUGAAGGAGGCUCUGGGCUUGCUGAUCCACGCAGCGGUUUGUCGCGAGGCUGCGGGGGAACGGCCCACGGCCGCGGUAACAGGGCUUCGUCUUCUUUGCAGAGCCAUGGGCAGCAGGAAGAAGGAAACUGCCCUGCAGGUCAACAUCAGCACCCAAGAGCUUUGGGAGGAAAUGCUCAGUUCCAAAGGACUAACUGUUGUUGAUGUCUAUCAAGGCUGGUGUGGCCCCUGCAAACCUGUGGUGAGCCUCUUCCAGAAGAUGAGGAUCGAGGUCGGCCUGGACCUUCUGCACUUUGCAUUAAUUAAAGAUGAGGCUCUUUCUGAUGAAGAUGAAUGUGUUUCCCAUGGAAAGAACAAUGGUGAAGAUGAGGACAUGGUUUCAUCAGAGAGGAUCUGUACCUUGGCCAUCAUUAAACCAGACGCAGUGGCCCACGGAAAGACCGAUGAGAUUAUCAUGAAGAUUCAGGAAGCUGGGUUUGAAAUUCUAACAAAUGAAGAGAGAACCAUGACAGAGGCAGAAAUGCGACUUUUCUACCAACACAGAGCUGGAGAGGAGGCAUUUGAGAAGCUGGUACAUCACAUGUGCAGUGGACCGAGCCACCUCCUGAUCCUUACUAGGACUGAGGGCUUCGAAGACGUGGUCACUAGCUGGCGAACCGUCAUGGGCCCCUGUGACCCCAUUGUGGCCAGGAGGGAGCAACCUGAAAGUCUCCGAGCUCAGUACGGCACAGAAAUGCCCUUUAAUGCCGUCCACGGAAGCCGGGACAGAGAAGAUGCUGACAGAGAACUGGCAUUGCUCUUCCCCAGUUUGAAAUUUUCAGACAAAGAUACAGAAGCCCCUCAGGGUGAGUCCAGUACACAGCCAAGGUUGAAGAUCACUGACCUAGACUAAAAUGAAAGGAUUCAGAAGGCUGACCUUAGAAUAUGAGACAGUAGGAAACCUCAGGAUGUUUCAGCCCAGACAGGAAGGGAAGAAAAUAUUGUUGAAAUUAAAAAUGAUCAGGGAAAAUACCAUCUAUUAAGAACAGGGAACCACAUUUUGGCUGUAGGUUAGGAAUGGUAAUUUUUAUCUGGUAUUUUAGUUUCCAAAACAUUUACAUAUUGAUCUACUCCUCACUCCAGACCAAACUUAAUUCCAUUCUUACUGAUAUGCACAACCACUCUGUCGUCAUUGUCACCUCGCCCUAAACUCCUCCCUUUCUCAGUCUACCUACUCUUUGUGACUCUUUUAUACCUUUCCCUCCUGGCAUGGAUGUCCUGCUCAGACACUCCACUUAGAAGACAGAUUCCCUUUUUCACUGUCCUCCCACCACUCAUUACUCCUGCUCCAGAUCCCAACUGCUGAUGUUGCUCUAGAAAAACCACCAAACAUGGCUGUUCUUUCCGUGUAAGCUAUUCCACCUCAGCAGCACCCUCACUGCUGGUGACCAGCCUUGUAACCCCCUGGAGAUGCCCAUAUUCCCUAUAGUAGCUACCUCUUACUUAAAAUUCUUCCUGCCUCCCUCAUGCUCGCAGCCACUCUGUGCCCACCUCAUCUUCGUAGGGACCUUGUUUUAUUUUGGGGACACACAUUGCAACUUCCCACUUUUGAUGAAAGGUCUCCAUGCUUUUGCUGUUUUCUUUACUAUUGUCAAGGUUGGGUACUUCAAGCUCAAAGCCCUUCUACCUUGAUCCAAAAAUUACCAUUCUAUAACAUUCUCACAUCUUUACUCUGCCCUACCUCUCAUUUUCAAUCCUGUUUAAAAGACAUAAAUGCCCAAACUUGAACCUCCUGAAGCUAGUCCUCUCCCCACUUCCCAUCUUUAAAUGGGCAUAUAUCCAAUAAAGGCUCUGUCCAACUCCAUCUCUUACUCCACAUAUAUGUAACAAUGCUGUGACUUCAAAACCAACUCAGUAUGGGAAAUUUUCUAAAGUUCUGUUCUAGAGUUCUUUCCUGACCUCUAGCCCCAUACUUCUGAUUGCCUAAUAAAUAUGACAUGGAUGUUCAGUGGAACUUCCGAUCUAUUAUGUCUCAUACUGAAUUUGUCCUCCCACCUGCUAGCCUUGGCUAAACCUGCUUGUUCCCUGUGUCUUUCUGUUUUUGCAAAUGGUAUUUUAACAUUCUCCUAGCCACCCAGGCCCUACAUUUGUGCUAAUUUUGACCCCAACUCUUCCUACCUUACCACACAAAACCAAAACAAAUUACUUAGCACUAUACCUUAUAUUCAUUCCUUUCGCACUCCAUUAAACUAGUUGGGACCUUACUACUAUUUCCUUGGCGGUCACAGUAGUGUGUUUUCCAAAUUACCUAAUCCUCUGUGCUACAGCAACCAACAAAGACUGGCUGGGUUACUUCAAUCGUGCACUAGUCACUGUUCUUGAAACAGACAAGGCUAAAUCAGGACCUUCAGUAUGGGAA